GAAGAACGAUUAUGAAAACGUGCUUUGCCAAUAAAUGGAAUUAGUAGAAAAAGUGGCAUAGCGACAUUACAAGCAAAUAUGUUUUUGUCGAGAUUAAUUUAUAUUUUUACCAUUUUCAUAGUGGAAAUAGUAGUUGCCAAAAAUGGAUCUAGUCAACAUUUUCCGGAGAAUUUCUUAUUUGGUGUGUCAUCGUCUGCAUAUCAAAUUGAAGGUGGCUGGGAUUCGGAUGGUAAGGGACCAUCAAUUUGGGACGAAUUCACUCACUUGCAUCCCGAAAAAAUAGUUGAUCGUCAGAAUGGCGAUGUUGGUGCCAACUCUUAUGAAUAUUAUUUGGACGAUGUCGAAGCAGUGAAAAGUUUAAAUAUGAACUUUUAUCGAUUUUCAAUCUCGUGGACGCGUAUCUUGCCAACUGGCGAUAUAACACAAGUAAAUGAAAAAGGCAUCGAGUAUUACAACAAAAUUAUCAACAAGCUCAUCGAAUACAAAAUCGAACCAAUGGUGACGAUGUAUCACUUCGAUCUACCAGCACACCUUCAAUUAUUGGGUGGUUUUGCAAAUUCAGCCAUUGUUCAAUACUUUGAAGAAUAUGCAAACUUACUGUUCAAUCGGUUCGGCGAUCGUGUCAAGUAUUGGAUUACCAUAAAUGAAGCAGCAGAAUUUUGUGUAAAGGGCUAUGGUGGAAAGAUUCAUGCACCUGGCAUCAAUGCACACGGAAAAGGCGAAUAUUUGUGUGUGCAUAAUGCAUUGAAAUCACAUGCGGUUGCUUAUCAUUUGUAUAAACGCGAGUACUAUAAUCAGUAUAAAGGUCAAGUUGGAAUCGCCCUUGACUCUUCAUUUUUUUACUCCGAUUCAAAUGAUACGGUGGUAGUGAAUCGGGAGAUGCAAUUUACG